UUUGGUAGACUAUUGAAUAAUAAUUACUUCGAAAAAUGAGAUUCGUCAAGUUGCUUUUAAUCUUGCUCGUAACUCUCUUCAUCACUUCUGCUUUUGCCAGACCAAUCUUCUUAAACCAAGACCCUGAAUCCAGCAUCCCAAAACCAAACGCAUGCAUCUUCUUUAGUAAAGGAGUGAUGACUUCAUCAUGGAGUGCUUUUAUGAGCCUUAUCCGCUUAGAUUUCGCUGAAUUCAGACUAGACCUUCACAACGCCAGGAUUUACUUCUCAAUGGCACUUAAGGACUGCUUAUUUCCCUUCAGAAGUGCUUUGAGUUCUUACUAAUCAGGUGGGGUUUAGGAGUCAGACAACCUCAGAUGCCAUUCUGUAAAUAAGGAAUGAUGAUAAUUUGUUUCUAAAAAUGCAAUCAGACAACAUUAGAUUUUCCAAAUA